AGCAAAAUCAAGCAUCUGCAAGACAACGGCCCUUUGAGCCACUACCGCUUCUAUGCUGCAAUGCGGACGAAGCUUCUGCGCCAGCAGCACAAGGAUCGAGACCUGGACGAGUUCUUGCAGCACUUUCGUUUCGGGAACUUGAGCGAUGCCGUGCACGACAAGAGCGGCAUGAGCGCCGUGAUGUGCGCUGUUCUGUCAGGGGACAUUGGCAUCUUGCGAUUCUUGGCCGGGAAGCGAGCUGACGUGAAUCACAGACUGCAUGGCAUGAGCGACCUGGGAUAUUACGAUACGCAGACGGCGCUCAUGGCAGCAACAAAGUCGCGGCAGCCUCCAUCUAUGCUUGCAGCGCUUGUGGAGCUUCGUGCGAACGUCAACGCGCGCUCUCGAACAGGUCUACCAGCUCUGUUCAUGUGUCGCUCGCAUGGACACGUGAAAAUGUUAUUGGACAUCCGCGCAGAGCCGUCCGACCUGGCCCUGAGUGGUGCUGCCGCUCUUGCUAACCCGGAGACUGUACAAGAGCUUCUGACGUGUCGCUGUGACCCGCGCAACAUGGAUGAGUUGGAGUUGGGGCCCCUGCAUACGAUCACCCUGGGGUCACGAAGCAAUGGCAGAGCAGCUGAGACCGCAAGUUUGCUAUUGGCGCACCAGGCAGACGUGAAUGCGCGGGCUGCCCCAAAAGGCGAAUAUCUGUGGCAGUGCCGGCUUGCACGCAUGCGAGUGGCUGUCUUCGGCUUCUCCAAUUGCAACAUGAUAACUCGCUAUGGAGCCUCCAUAGGAGGCAUGUCACCUCUUGGCUUUGCGGCAAUGCUCGGCCAUGAGCCGCUCACGAAGCUGUUCCUGGCACAUGGGGCCGAGACUUGUUUCGGCAAAGGUGCGCACAACCACAUUGGAAGCACCGCCCAGGAGAUCUUUCCCAAUGAUCGAGGGGACUCACCCGAAGAUUUGGCACGGUUCCCGCUGUGGGCUGUAAAAGUGUCCGACUUCUUGAAGAUGAAGGGCCCUCCGGAGCCGCAUCACGUGCUGAAAGAGAAGGGUUCAUUGCACCAGUGGUAUCCAGGUAUGUUUGUCAUAUUUGUUUCGCACCAGUGGUUGAGCUCCGUACAUCCUGACCCGGAGGGGCAUCAAGUGGAAGUCCUACGCCGAGCUCUCCAGAGAAUAAUCGACGGUUCGCUGCAGGUCCAUGAGGACAUGGCAUCAAGUUCCGAGGAGAAGAGCGUGUCACGGGAGAUUCGUCGUCAGAUUUCGGAAGGGUACCUUUUCCUGGAUUGGUUCGCAAUCCCACAACUCACUGCGCGAAUGGCGGGGGUGAACGAAGAUACAACCAAGCAGGAUGCAGCUUUGGCUGUCCAGAGUAUUCCAGCCUAUGUGGAGCUGUCCGCCGUGUUCAUCGCUCUUGUACCGGAACUGGUUCACACAGAUUCUGGGCAUCCGGUAAAUUAUGCGAGUUGGCUUUCGAGGGGGUGGUGCAGGGCUGAAUUAUGGUGCCGGCUUCUAUCUAACAGGGAGGACACCAGCAUCAUCGUGAUGUACACUGCCUUGGAAGCCGAGUUCAUGUUUCCCAUGGACUGGCAGCACAACAGCAUCGUGGAGGGUAACUUCACAGUAGAGGCUGAUCGAGCAGAUGUUGUGCGACUAGGUGAAAUGGCGGUGGAGAGCAAAAUCAAGCAUUUGCAAGCAAAUGGCCCUCUGAGCCACUACCGCUUCUAUGCUGCAAUGCAGACAAAGCUUUUGCGCCAGCAGCACAAGGAUCGAGACUUGGACGAGUUCCUUCGGCACUUUGGCUUCCAUAGCUUGAGCGAGGCAGUGCAAGAUAAGAGCGGCAUGAAUGGUGUGAUGUGUGCGGUUUUAUCUGGAAACAUUGAAGUCCUUCGACUGCUGGCUCGUAGGGGGGCCGACAUGAAUCACAGUCUACAGGGCAUGAGCGACCUGGGAUAUUAUGACACACAGACGGUUCUCAUGGCAGCAACAAAGUCGCGGCAAUCCUCAUCCAUGCUCGAAGCGCUGGUGGAGCUUCGCGCGAAUGUCAAUGCCCGAUCUCGAGUCGGGCUACCGGCUCUGUUCCUCUGCCGCUCGCCUGAACAUGUAAAAGUUUUGUUGCAGAUCCGCGCAGAGCUGUCUGACCUGGCACUGACUGGCACGGCCGCGUUCGCAAGCCCAGAGACUGUUCAAGAGCUUCUGACAUGUCGCUGUGACCCGCGCAACAUUGCAGAGUUGGAGAGCGGGCCUCUACAUUUAAUCGCCGUGACCGCGCGAAGCAAUGGCAGAGCAGCUGAGACUGCAAGUUUGCUUUUGGCGCACCGCGCAGACGUGAAUGCCCGGGCUGCCCCGAGAGCCCAUUAUCUGUGGCGGUGCCGCUUCGCACGCAUGCGAGUGGCUGUCUGCGGCUUCUCCAACUGCAGCUGA